UUGUCCCCUCCCCGUUGUGCACGGCUGCUGUCACGAGCAUCGGUGUGAAUUAAGCUGGACUCCGGGCCUAGGCUUGUGUGUAUGUGUGUGCGCGCUUGCAGAGGCGUUCGUGGCUGUGAGAUAACAUUUGGUGGUGCCGCUCGUCCACACCCACUUGAUCGGCUGCUUGUGGUUGAUCCAUGUGCGGUGCAAAAUGUGAGGAUCAAAGAUCGUCAGCGCCGGAUGAUCCAGUGGUUGCUGUCACGUCGCUGGCGGCUGUCAGGCGACAGCUACAUGCAGCUUUUCAGGGAUCGCUCUGAGACUUUGGCCGGCCUUGGCCUGUAGGAACUGGACAGGACCAUAGGAAAGGCAACCAUGGCAGAUGAAGUGAGACGACCAGCUGAAUGUUUCCACCCAGUGCGGUCAUGUGACUGACCUGGCUCUUCUCUCCUGCUGAUGUCCGGUAGUUGCCCUGUUCUCACCAUGAGAGGAUCUGUCAGGUGCUCGAGCUCAGUGCCCUCAGACUGGCGCUACCGUUGUGCUGCGUGAGCGCCCCCCCCUCCUCCGGCAGUUACUGCACGGAAUGGCAUCUUUGGACCUGCCAUACCGCUGUCCUCGCUGCGGGGAGCACAAGCGCUUCCGAAGCCUGUCGUCGUUGCGUGCCCACCUGGAGUACAACCACACGUACGAGACCCUUUACGUCCUCUCCAAAUCCAACAGUGUAUGUGACGCUGCUGCUCUGCUGCCCCUAGUGGCUGAGGGAGCUCUGCUCGCACCCGCCAAUAACAACGACCCUUUUGAGCCACUUCGGCCUUCAGCUUUAAAGGAGCGGCGCUUUCCUUGCCGUGAGCUUCCUUGUGCAGACGACCUGAGUUUGACCCCAGCUAACUCCAACACUGCAGCCCGGUAUAUUCCUAAUGUGGAGUUUCCCCUGGGGGAGAUUUUUAUGAAAAAAGCCAUGACAUCCACAGAUCCAGGUCCCCAUGGAAACCCCAGCACAGCUGUAGCGGUGGCAGCUAAUGUAGCAGCCAGUGCAGUCGAAGCAGCGUAUGAGGAAGGCCUGGCCAGGCUGAAGGCGCGGGCGUUUGAACGGCUGGAGCUGGAUGAGAGGCUGGAGAAGCUGUCUGAAGAGGUGGAGCAGAAAAUAGCGGCCCGUGUAGGCCGUCUUCAGGCGGAGCUGGAGAGGAAGAGCUCAGAGUUGGAGCGGGCCAAGCAGGAGAGCGAACGGCUGAGCCAGGAGAAACAAGACCUGGAGGACAAGGCCUCGGAGCUUUCUCGGCAGGUGGACGUCUCUGUGGAGAUGCUAGCCAAUCUCAAGCAGGACCUGGUGAACAAGGAGACAGAGCUGAACCACAAACAGCAGGAGGUCGCCCAGAUUGACCAGUUCCUUCAGGAGACGGCGGCCCGUGAAGCCAACGCUAAGGUACGCUUGCAGCAGUUCAUUGAGGAGCUUCUGGACCGAGCCGACCGGGCCGAAAAACAGCUGCAGAUCAUCAGCAGCUGUGGCACCACGCCGAACGGCAGCCUGGGACGCUGCAGCCUGCAGGCCUCGAAGGGCAACGGACGCCAGAGAAACUCGAGCAUCUCUGGGAGCACGAGGGGAAUGUACCAAGUGUCAGAGCGACGUUCCUCCCCCAGCACAGGAGCAUCAGGGAGGAUCAAGUCUGUCUCACAGGGCUCUGGAGGUUACGACAGUGAUAGCGUUGAGAUGCAUCCCAUGGAGGACUGCCCUGAAGCUCAGUACUAUCACAUGCAGUGCCGGUUGAGUGAGGGGGGUUACGAACGCUCACCCGGAUGCGGCUCGAGAAACUGGGGUCUUCGUAAACAGGCUAUCCAGAACUGGCAGCGGCGACCUUACAGGAACAGCACUGAAGGCGAGGAGGGAGACGUAUCUGAUGUGGGUUCCCGAACCACCGAGUCUGAAGUGGAGAUGUGGGAGCAAGAGAGGAGGGCUGUGGCGGAAGUCCAGCAGUCUGCUGCGCCCUAUUCUCACCACAGCAGAGCAGCAUACCGCCCCAACGCCGGUCGAUCUGAAGGCGUCUACAGCAAGCCAUGCAGACAUGAAAAGAGUCCUUCCAAAUCCAAUGAGGUGAUCAGUCCAGAGAUCCUGAAGAUACGUGCUGCCCUCUUUUGUAUCUUCACCUACCUGGAUACUAAGACCCUGCUGAGAGCUGCCGAGGUCUGCCGCAAUUGGAAGUUUGUGGCCCGCCACCCAGCCGUGUGGACCAGAGUGCUUCUAGAGAACGCUCGCAUUUCUUCCAAGUUUCUUAGCACAAUGUCUCAGUGGUGCACUCAGACGCACUCCCUGAUCCUGCAAAACCUUAAACCAAGACAGCGGGGCAAGAAGGAAACCAAGGAGGAUUACCUGAAAAGCACACGUGGCUGUCUGGAGGAGGGUCUGGAGGCGUUGUUAAAGGCCACAGGAAGUAACCUGCUGAUACUGAAGAUUUCACACUGCCCCAACCUGCUGACUGAUCGCUCCCUUUGGCUGGCCAGCUGCUACUGCCGAGCCCUUCAGGCUGUAACAUACAGGAGUGCUACAGAUCCAGUUGGUCAGGAGGUUAUCUGGGCCCUUGGAGCUGGAUGUAGAGACAUUAUAUCCCUACAGGUGGCGCCAUUACAUCCAUGCCAACAACCCGCUCGCUUCAGUAACCGAUGUCUGCAGACCAUUGGACGAUGCUGGCCGCACCUCCGUGCUCUUGGUGUGGGCGGUGCUGGGUGUGGGAUUCAGGGACUGGCCUCAUUGGCGAGGAACUGCAUGCGCCUGCAGGUGUUAGAGUUGGACCAUGUGAGUGAAAUCAACCAGGAGGUGGCAGCAGAGGUUUGCAGAGAGGGCUUGAAGGGCCUCGAGAUGCUGGUGCUCACCUCCACACCAGUCACCCCGAAAGCCCUGCUCCACUUCAACAGUGUUUGCCGCAACCUCAAAUCCAUCGUGGUUCAGAUUGGUAUAGAAGAUUACUUUGAGGACCCGAACAGCCCAGAAGCUAGAAAACUGUUUGAUGAGAUGGUUAACAAGCUCCAGGCUCUGAAGAAGAGACCCGGCUUCUCCAAAAUCCUCCACGUGAAAGCAGACAGUCUCUGCUAACGUCUUUUGUGCAGGUUCCUCAAGCCUUGGAGAGGGUGCCAUCACGGCUCCAGUCAAUCAAAAAGACCCAGCUGUUCCUGGAGUUGAAUGCGUCUGCAGCAUCGUGAAGAAGUAGGAUCGAGGGCUCAGUGUGCAUUUUGCUAAAGUACAAAUCUAAGACAGAAAAACUUGAUACAGUUAUCUCGUUAAUAUCGGUUAGCCAGUUUGACUUGCAGCGGCACUAUGUAUGAGAAAGGGGGGGCUUGUUUUAAACCUGACAAACUCAAGAAACGCAACAGCUUACUAAAUUUUCAUUUGCAGUAACCUUUUUGCUUUUUUCAUUCAAAAAAGUGGUUUGUGUCAUUGCACAGAGCUUUUAUUGCAACCCUUGAAGCCACACGACAGCGCUUUUUAGCUGUCCGCGUCCACACAGUGCUCGAUGCAGACUAACACCAACAGCUGAUGGGCUGACAGGCUGCAGAACAUGAUCACAGGCCAAUGUGACUUCUCUUAUUCAAGUUCACGUUGUGUUUGUGUCUGCGUGGAUGACUUAAACACAUAAAUGGAUCGACAAAGUACUGGAUCAAGCCUGUCCUGCACUGCUGUACAUUGAAACUGGACAAUGGAUGACUUUGAACACUUACUGCUUCCACCCAGAACAGAAAUAUGCUGCACCAGCUCCGAGCUCCGUGGACAGAGCGCAAAGGACAGCCGCACACACACACACACAGACCUUCAGUCUUCUAAACACUGCCUGGCAGUGAUGCAUUUUGCCUCCUCUUCUCUAACAUCCUCUGUUUCCAUAUGUUGAAAAAAACAAAAAAAUACAAGGUCACAAAUCUUGUGUUUUUAAAUAUUUGGACCUGUUCAUCCCAGACAGCAGGAUUUAAUAUCUGACGUUACCGGUGCCAUUCGUAACAGUGUCCUCAUUCCAGUGAGCGUUUUCUCCGAUGUGCCAUUAACGAGGGGGAAAGGGGGACCAGGUGUUUAAUCACUAAAAUCAAAAGCAGUGUUGAAGUUUGAUUUAAAUGUGUGUUUCAUAUGGGACAAAGUCUCCAGGUGUGUGCAGGCGUUGUAGAGUUUGGAUGUCAUCCGACUUUCUUCGUUUACCACCUGAAUCAGUGCCAUUCCCGUUCACGGAGCUUCUCGUGGCCAAAGCUCUUGUGCGAUUCCUCAUUUGUAUUCAUUUAACAUUAACGUCCUCUGCCUCCCUCUGCUGGUGAUUCCAUGCAGAUGCAGCGCUGACGUGCAGCUGGCGUUAUGUGACACUUUGUACCCUUUGCAGCAUGGAACAAGGAUCACCUUUUACUAUUUUGCAGACAAAAGGGAUCAGGUCUUCAGUGUCACCUUUAAAAUUGGAAAAGCAACCUGACUACAAUUUAGCGUAUGAUGGAAAUCCUCAAGAAGUAUGAGUAGCAAUACCUGCAGUAGUUAAACUUACUGUGUUCACUCUUCUGUGCUGCAAAUAACUUAAAAGGGAGGAGCUCCAGUGAUUUUUAUACAGCCAGAUCACCCGUAUACACACACACACACAGAUACACACAGUAAUACAGCCUGUGAAAACAGUAUCUUAAUAUAUGCUGAGACUCUGCAGGAGCGUUGUCCUGUCUGAGAAAAUAGAAAUUGUGAUCUGGUGGUUAUCUCACAUUUCUAACAGAAAACCUGGGAUCUGAACUGUGGGUGUAAAAAGAUGUAGGUGGUUACCAAAAAACUGUAUUUCGGAGUGCUGCGAUGGACUGUUUUAUUUAUUUUUUUAUUGUUUUUAGAACUUGAUGAUACUAUGGACCAAAAUUCUGCUGCACUGAAUUUUAAAUGUCUCUCUAAUGAGUUCCCUGACUUUAUGGAAGUGCAAUACUAAAUCUCUAAACGGAGCUCACAAUCAGUUUUAAAGGGGACCUAUUGUGCUCAUUUCAAUUUAAUUCAAUUUUAUUUAUAUUCCUAACAACAGUCGCCUCAAGGCGCUUAAUAGUGUGGAGUAAAGAAGAAACCACAAUAUUGGAAAGAAACCCCAACAAUCAUAUGACCCCCGCCAGUGAGCAAGAAGUUGGCGACAGUGGGAAGGAAAAACUCCCGAUUAACAGGAAGAAACCUCCGGCAGAACCAGGCUCAGGGAGGGACAGCCAUCUGCUGCGAUUGGGUGUUGAGGGUAAAGAGCGCCAUAUUUUUAUUCUUGGGCUCUACUAGGGUAGCUUUGCAUGAUUCACAGACAAAAACUUAUUUUAAGCAAAAUAAGCCCUCAGAAAGAUUCAGAAAGUCACGUGACAGGUAGGUGGAGAUUCUGUUCUUACAGUUAUCUGCCUCGGAUGACCAUAUUAAGGAUUUCCGCUCUCUCUGUGACAUCAUAAAGAUGUCAUCUGUAGCCUGAUAAACUUUCAGAAACCAAACGUUUCGUCUGAAGCCUUAGCUUUUGGUUCACAGUGUGAAAGGAAAGCAUACCAGGUCCCUCGCUAUAAACAAAUCACGAGCACAGUUCUGUAACAAGUUUCGAAAUUAAUCAAGAGACGUGCAGAACAUCACUUCUUCUUCUACUCUGUCACUUUGCACACCUUAUCCGCCCGACGGCCCUGCCUCGCCACGCCAGGCUGCAUCAUUUGUGGGCGGAACGGCAGCAGAGCAGAGCAGGUUGACAUUUUCAAGGAGCCCUGUGUGGGUGUGUGUCACGUGAGCUCUUUAAAAUUCACAGAUAAACAAAGCUCUUAGCUGCUCUGCUUCACAGUCAGAUAUACGUACGCAGACUUGUAUAACUGCAAAUUGUAGUGACGACAAUUGGGGAACAGUCGUGGAUGUCCAUUUCUCCGUGUUCUUCCAGUACCGCAUAUUUAUUAUCCCACACUGGUCACAGAUUGCUGGGUGCAGGUGAAGGAAAUGUGGGGAAUGGUGUAAACGUUUGCUGACACAAUAGAGAAAACACAAAAGCACUUGUUGAUUUUUUUGUUUGUUUGUUUUUGUUUUAGACAAUCCUGCCUUGGUUAUCAGCUACUCUGUACAUAAUGUUUGCUUAAAAAAAAAGCAACAAAAAUGACCAAUCUUUGAUGUUAUAUAAUAUUAAGGUCAUACUAACGAGUGGCAAAGUUGAAGUUUACAGGUGUUCACUCUGUAAGCGUUUUCUCUCCAAAGGUUUGACGACAGACGAGCAGAGAGAAUUAUAUUAUGUAUAACAGUAGUGUUGAAAUUGCAGUUGUGUACUAGAUACUUUAUAUUAAAUGUGCAUCAGAGUCAUAUAGAGAUGGAAAUUAUUUAAGAAGAGGUUAAAGAUAAUAAUCAGCUAUUUAUUUCUAUAAAAAAAGAGCGAUGUGUAAUACUGUUGGCAUGUUUGUGUUCACGCAUCAGUCAUUGAGUUGCCUUCUUUACUGUUCUGCUACUGUGGCGAGAAAAUUAUUAGAUGUUUAAAGAGCUUUGAUUGCCUGCAGGUUAAUAAUCUUUAUUUCAACCCGUCUGUUGUUGCACUAGUGAAAAACAAAACAGGAUUUAAAAAAAAAGAAGAUAUUUCAGAUGUUUAUUAUAAGAGUGUUGUUUUUAAUGUUCAGCUAUCUCUCAGUAUUUUAACAGACAUAUGAUGCACUUUUUUCCCCCCUUUUAUUGGCCGGCCGGUCGUCGGUUGAGUCGGGAGCGACGGCGGUCGGCCUGCCUGUCGGCGCCUUCUGAUGGGCUACUAAAAAGGAACUCUUCGCUUAUACGUUGGUUUCAUUGGGAAGGUGAUUUCGGAAACACGAUAAGCGAUACCUUUACGGACUUCUAUAAGUGAACAGACGUACGGUUUCUCAUCUCUCAUAUCUCUUCAUGUUGGGAAGGGGAAAAGAUCGAACCUGAUUCAGCUACAUUCAAGUGCUUUUUAGGUUACCGAUAUGACCUUACGCUCAUCUAUUUUGAAACGUUUUUAAUUCAUUUGCUUUAGCUUUGCUUUUUUUUGCCGAUUUCACGCGCACACCCAUCAGUACAUCAGUUGCUUUAUUUUGAAGUUGGCCUGCUGAGGUUGUUGCAGAGCCCUUUUGUUGCCCUCUAAACCUGCAGAUUAGAGGUGCCGAGCGUGCUGGAAUGACUCCUUUUGGUUUGAGCUAUGAUCCUGUAGUUGUUUCAUUGUUUUGAAAUUGAAAGGUACUUUCUCAUUCACUUUUGUUUUAUUUAAAUCAAGCAUCCUCUGUUGCAGUUACCCCAGUUUAUCAUAGUGUGCAAUAGAAAAAUGGUGUCUGAGUGUUCAUGUACCUCUCUGUACAUAUUUUACGUGUGAUUGAUUGUAUUCUGCCCAUUCAUCUGAACAGUAUUUUACACAUUACCUCAACACUUAACUGGGCAAUUAAGUGUGCCGUUUGUCUUUGUAAUCUUUUUUUCUUUUAUUUUUUGACCUCCAGCUGAUCCAUGAACUUCAUCCGAUUUGCUUGAGACGAAAUGAAUUCUGUUGCUGGAAAAACAACAAAAAACCCAAAUAACUUUCCCAAAACAUGAUCAGCCUUCUCUGAUGACUGCAAUAGAUGGAAAUGUUUUACUGCUCAUUUUCACUCAUUUUGUUGUCAUCAAUAAAAACUGCUUUAAAUUGUA